AUGCUUAUCCCAUUCGUGGGAAUGUUUGCAGUCACGGCUCUCUGGAGCCAGUGGUUCGCUAUUCCGGGGCUUACUGAGCCAGGAAACUCACUCACAAAGAGGCUCUGCGGCUCCUUUCAGCUUACCAUGGAGUUGAUGACCUUGGACGUACUGGUCAAUGGAGUAACCUCCGAAUACAACUUCCCCGCUGAUAUGACCAUGCAUCCAACAAAGGUCUGGAAUUUCGACUCCGGCACAAAAACCGGCUUCCACCCCACCCAAGCAGAACCACUCCCACUGCCACCUCUCGUCUCGUCCCCGAUGCCUUCUUCUAGAUCUCCUCUGGCGCGAUUCUUUCGCUGGGCACAGGGCAUGUUUUCCUCUCAUGACAAGCAGCAAAAGAGUGGUACCCCACACCUACUCAGCCCCAAGCAUCUUCCUUCCAUGGAACGGAUUACAACGUUGUUCUAUUUCUGCAGUUUUAAUCCUAUUUCUGCCCUGAUCCUCAUUUCGGUACUGCUGCUGCGGCUCGGGUUGUAUGUUCAACUCCGUGAUGUCAUUUGUUACCCAUGGAGCGAGCGUUUUUUUGAUGCGCCAGAGGGUAUGGAUAUCCCCUCUGACCUUCUCAAUUCUCUACUGUCAGAGGAUUAUGCGCUUUACCAAGAUGUGGUACCCUUCUUCCAUGAUAUGCGGGAGGUGGGAAACCCAGCAUCAGAAAGAUACCUCGGACUAAAGGGACCACCCGCACCAAAGGGACAUCCCAUGCAAGAGGGACCACCCGUGUCAGAGGGACCACCCGUGUCAGAGGGACCACCCGUGUCAGAGGGACCACCCGUGUCAGAGGGACCACCCGUGUCAGAGGGACACCCCAUGCCAGAGGGACACCCCAUGCCAGAGGGACAUCCCAUGCCAGAGGGACAUCCCAUGCCAGAGGGACAUCCCAUGCCAGAGGGACAUCCCGUGCCAGGUGUACACCUAUUGCCGAAGAAACUGGCAGUGCCAAAGGAGCUCGCUGUGCGAGAGGAACUCACUGUGCCAAAGCAGUCUGCCGUUCCAGAACAGUCCGCAGCUCCAAAGGGACUUGCAGAGCCAAAGAAACACAAAAGAAACCAUGACAGCAAAAAGAAGCGACAGCGCGACAAGAGAUGGAGAGAAAAGGAAGCAGCAAGAAUCGCAGGAGUUGCCCAGGCGUCGACUGAAUAA